CCGGCAACCGCCAACCGCCGCCGGCCGCCUCGCCCGCCGCUGCCUCCGCGUCCGGCCCGGUGCGCGCCGCUGACGCGCGGAGAUGAAAUUCCCGGCCUCCGUGCUGGCGUCCCUGUUCCUCUUCCUGGCCGAGACGACGGCGGCGCUCUACCUGAGCAGCACCUACAGGUCGGACGGGGACCGCAUGUGGCAGGCGCUGACGCUGCUUUUCUCGCUGAUGCCCUGUGCUGUGGUGCAGCUCACGCUCGUCUUCGUGCACCGCGACCUCAGCCGGGAUCGCCCGCUCGUGCUGCUGCUGCACCUGCUGCAGCUCGGGCCCGUCAUCAGGUGUUUUGAAGCCUUUUACAUCUACUGUCAGUCAAACCACGAUGAAGAGCCCUAUGUCAGCAUCACUAAGAAGCGGCAGAUACCGAAAAAUGGCCUCUCAGAGGAGAUUGAAAGGGAGGUGGGCCAGGCAGAAGGCAAGCUAUUCACCCAUCGGUCUGCAUUCAGCCGGGCAUCAGUGAUCCAGGCUUUCCUGGGGUCAGCCCCGCAGCUGACCCUACAGAUGUAUAUAAGUGUCUUGCAGCAGCAUAUCACUUUUGGAAGAGGCUUCUUAAUGACCUUGUCCUUAUUGUCCAUUGUUUACGGAGCCUUGCGCUGCAACAUCCUAGCCAUCAAAAUCAAGUACGAUGAGUAUGAAGUCAAGGUGAAGCCACUGGCCUAUGUCUGCAUCUUCCUCUGGAGGAGCUUUGAGAUUGCCACUCGAGUCAUCGUCCUGGUCCUCUUUACCUCCAUCAUGAAGACCUGGGUGGUGCUUGUUGUUCUUCUCAACUUCUUCAGCUUCUUCUUGUAUCCCUGGAUCCUCUUCUGGUGCAGUGGCUCCCCAUUUCCUGAGAACAUAGAGAAAGCCCUCAGUCGGGUGGGGACUGCCAUUGUGCUGUGCUUCCUCACUUUACUCUAUGCUGGUAUCAACAUGUUCUGCUGGUCAGCGGUACAGCUGAAAAUCAACAGUCCUGACCUCAUCAGCAAGUCCCAUAACUGGUACCGGCUACUGGCGUACUAUAUGCUAAGGUUCAUCGAGAAUGCCGUCCUCCUGCUUGUAUGGUAUCUUUUCAAGACUGACAUCUACAUGUAUGUGUGUGCGCCUCUGUUGAUUCUGCAGCUGCUUGUUGGGUACUGUACAGCUGUUCUUUUCAUGCUUGUGUUCUACCAGUUCUUUCACCCUUGCAAAAAGCUUUUCUCCUCUAGUGUUUCUGAAAGCUUUCAGGCAUGGAUCAGGUUUGUCUGCUGUGCCGGCAGGUGGCAGAAAUCCUCUGAGUCAGUAGGAAAGGCAGAAUUAACAUCUUCCAGAGACCAGGAUGAGACACCUUCUACCAGUAAAAUGAGUCCUGAUCCCACUCAGAUGAGUGCUAAUGAUCUGUGCUCUGUUUAAUAGGACCUGAGGUCUAUCAGGGCACAUGCAUAGUGUUUGCUGAGUUGAUACCUGUUCUUCAUACAAGUAAUGAGCCCUGCACAGGGAGCAAGGCAGAAAGUUACCUGUCAAUUCCUUGUGAGCCGCUGCUCUGUUAUUGAGCUCUUGGGUAUGUGGGAACUAUGGGGAGAAGCCAGGGAGACCUGAGGGUUGAAGGAGCAGCCUAAGGUGCCACAGUUCACAGGUGACCGUGUUAUGUUCUGACAGGCCUUCCUAGCUGGUUCACUGACAAAGUACCCCUGAAGUAUGAAUUGGACUGGUUACAUCUAUCAGGUAGACUGAGGAAAGGGACUUGUUUUCUAGUUUUCUGGAUCGGUGCUCUGGGUAGCCUGAUGAUUUAUUACCCCUCAACCAGGUUUACACCCAAGAUCCAUCCUGAUGACCAGAGAAGGUAGCUGGGGUUUUGCCAUCAGCAACAUCAUUCUUAUCAUACCUUACAAGGAGGGCUGUUCAAGUUUGGUUUUUGAAUAGAGAAAUGUUCCAUUUUCAGCUCAUUGGGGCUUUUUGUACAUAAUCAAUUGUAGCCUCCAUGGCAUGUUCUCUGUAAUUGAUUCAAGAGACUAGAUUUGGAUACUUUAUUCCAUAGGACCCAUAGCUGCAAAAUUGAAUUCUAAAUUUGAGUAUGGAAGCCCUAGCAUCUUAGGAAAUUUGCUUUCCUUCCAUAAGUUGAAGAAAUUGUGUAACAAGAUGGUGCUAAAACACCAAAAUGAUGGAGGGUUGUAUAAGUAGAAUUCUUACCUUCUCAGAAAGUUUGAAUGCCAAAGGUAGGAAUCUGCUAGAAGGUAGGCUUCAACGUAAAUAAGAUUCAGUUGUAUCCUACAGUUCUGGGGAAAUUAUAACAGAAUUUGCUGGGAUUUACCUUUUUAGUAAAGAAAAAAAAUAAAACUCAUAACCUUCACACCCACCUCCCCCUCCCUUGCCUGCCAGAAAGAUUUUAGAUGAGCGUUAUCUCAGUUAAGUUUUUCUAGGAAAUCCUCCAGAAGUCUCUCACACAGUGCAGGUUUAUAGGGCAUUUUAAUUUUCAUUAUUUGAAGGGAAAAGAUUUUUCUCAACAUCAACCCUAGUUAGUGAUUGACUACAGAAAUUUUUAAAUUUUAGAAAGAGAUGAAAUGACCAGGUUUCUGCCUUUCAUGGAAUGCAUUUUGAUUUCACAUUAAUUUGUUUUUUGGUGUUUUUUUUUUUUUUUUUUUUUUUUUUUGGUUUUUCUCCGGU